AUGUCUGCCAUCUCAGACUACUCGUAUUCAUACGGCGGCGACAAUGAGGAUGGCAACGAGCCAGAGGCCGAGACCAAAGUCAUCUCGCACGACUCGGGCGACUCGGGCGACUCGGGCGACUCGGGCGACUCGGGCGACUCGGGCGACUCGGGCGACUCGAGUUCGUUGCCUCUGAGAGUGACCACGUCUGCAGCGAGCCUGGCUAAUGCCCAGGUGGAGACCGGCGCCGGCCCGCUCACCGCUCCGCUCCUCAAGUCGGGCGCGCUGAUCGGAAGCCUUCCGCCUCCGGCUCCACCACCUAUGCCCGAGAUUUCGUCAGUGCCGGCGAGGACCCGCAAGCCUCCGCCGCACAAGUUUGUCCGCCCGCCUAUGCUCGGCAUCCCUGUUCAUCUCAGCUGGAAGGAGCUCGAGCCGCCAAAGGUUGGCCGGGUCCAGUGGAUCCGCUCGGUCAUCGAGCUGCCAGUGGCCAUGCUCAUUCUGUUUCUCUCGGUCUCGCUCGCGCUCGGUGGCCUGGUCUACGCGCUCACGCCUGCAAACGAGAUGGCGUACGGCGUCAAGCGCCAGCAUCAGCUCUGGUACCUCUCAGUCGAGCUACUCGGAUGGGUCGCCCUUCGGGUUGUCAUUGGCGCCAUCUUCCAUCGGGCCGAGCCGCGGUGGUACUUUUCGUUUCCGUUUGUGGUGCUCGAUGGCUCCAAGCGGACGCUGACAACGGUCAUCUGGGCCAUCGUCUCGCUCGCGCUGCUCGAGACCGUGGUGGGCGACUCUGAUGGCGGGCGACUCGACACCCGGCUCAACAAGGCGCUCUCGACUAUUCUAUUUGUCUUUUCCGCCCAUCUCGUCAAGCGCGGCCUCGAGCGGGUGUAUCUCGAGCACAUCAACCACGAGCUGCACGGCGCCGACCUCGAGGCACACCUCGCCAAGGAGGCAUCCGUCGCAAAGUUGCGGAUGUGCCGACCGGAGCUCGCCUCCAAGUGGGUCACCCCGCCCGAGCCGCCGGUCACCUUUGAUUUCACCUACACCAUGCGCGCCCUCCUCGGCCCCGUCCUCAAGCCUGAGGUCUUUACCCACUCGGAGGAGGAAAAGCAAGCGGCAGCAGCGGCGCGGGCCUCGGACAUUGUGCUCAACCUCGACCCGGGCGAUGUCGGUAAGUUUGGCAUCGCCGACGUCGAGGCUUACCUCGAGCCUGGACCCGAGGCCGACGCCGCCAUGGCCCUGUUUGCACCAAGCAAGCGUGCCAACAUCGCCACUAUGGAGGUCGACUACGAGACGGCAGUCUCGGCCAUCACCGAUGUGUUCAACUCGCGCGAGACGCUUUACAAGGUUCUCCACGAGCGAGCCAAGAUCUCUGCCAUCAUUGCGUACGUGACUGGCGCGGUCUUCUGGCUCUCGGCCUCGGUCGGGGUCCUCAUCUCGUACGAGAUCGACUUGCUCAAGUUUGUGCUCCCGCUUCUCGGCUCCUUCCUCGGCCUCUCGUUUGUGUUUGGCAACACGGUCCAACAGGCGUUCAACGCCUUUGUCUUUACCGUUGUCCUCCACCCGAUCUCGCACGGCGACCGCAUCACCGUCACCGUCGGUUCGUUUACCUAUCCAACGCUCAUUGUCUCGUCGACCUCGCUCCUCCUUACCGAGUGCUACGCCACGGACGGACGGCUCUUUGUCUUUCCCAACUCGCUGCUCUACGGCGCGGUCAUCACCUCGUUCAAGCGAUCGCGUGAGUUUGCGCUCCUCCUCUCGCUCCAGGUCCAGGCUGAUAUCUCGCUCGAGCAGUUUACCUCGGUCGAAGCCGAUGUCAAGGAGUUUCUCAAAGUCGACUCGGGCACCAUGCCGUGGGACAAAGAGAUCAUGGUCUUUGUUGACGAGAUCACCAACUCGAACCGCCUCCAAUUUAACGUCCGCGUCAAGCUCAUCGCCGUCACAUGGAACGCGCCCAAGAAGUUUGUCCUCGCCCGCACCCGCCUCCUUCUCAAGGUCCAGGAAAUCCUGCGAACCCACGGGAUCUCGUACGAGCAGCCGAUCCAACCCGUCCGCUUCAUCAACGGCCCGCAAGCUGCGGUCUUCAACGGCGGCUUUGAUGCAGGGCUCACCGCUGGGCAAGCCGGAGUCCCUGGCUCGGGGGUGGACACCCACUUGUCUCUCCUGCUGCGUUUCCGACUCGACGUUAUCGCGGUCAUGGAUCCAGCGCACGCCAUCGACAGCGCAGGCUUGCGAGUGCUCUUUAUCCCCGGAACCGGCGCGCAUGAGGCGCAGAUGGCAAAGUACACUCUCUCCACAGCACACUACUCGGCGUCUGCCGAUCAGUAUCCCGUCGCCUGGUUGCCGCCGGCCUCGACCCGACUUGUUGAUCUCCCCGAAGCGCGGCGCCAGACAAAUCGUUGGGCGCCGCACAUUGUCCCUGCAUUCUUGCAAUACGCCAUUCGCGCGUAUGUUGAGCCGUGGUGGACCGGCGUUGCCCUCGACGACCCGGCGCCCGGCUGGUUUCGCCCGCUCGACGCAGGCCGGACCGACUGGGGGCAGGACGGCGAGAUCGCGGCUGUCCUGGACGCGCUUCGCGAGCUUGGCGAGGACGAGCCAGGAGCCAAGGUCCUGCUCUUUGGUUGCUCCCGCGGCGCAGCGGUGGUUGCAGGCGCCGUCGCUGCUCUCGGCUCGGAGACGUGCGACGUCGACGUAGCGGUGGUCGGCGCUGUUCUCGAAGGAUGCUUCGAUACCAUUCCCAACGUCCUCGCCGCGCGCUACACGGGGUUCGGUGGCAGGCUUGUCGAGCGUGUGUUGCGGCUGGUGACGUCAUGGCGACCGGAUGGACCGUCGCCGCUGGCGCAAGCUGCCGCCAUUGCCGCCGCGGGCAUCCCGCUGCUGAUGGUCACCUCGGCUGUUGACACCAAGGUUCCGCCGCAGUGCACCGUCCGGCUUCACCGCGCGAUUGCCAACGCAGGCAGCAAGCCGCGGCUCCUCAUCCUCGCCGACUCUCCGCAUCCGAUGUAUACCUGUGCAAACGCUGACGACAUGGCUGCGUACAAGGCGGUACUGCUCGAGUUUAUCCACAGUCUCUGAUCGAUGCCUCCACUGCCAGGCCCCCAUCCGAGGCGAGUUGCCGCCCGAUUCCGAGCCGCUGACUGC